AUGCCCUCGUCAGACGGAUUCCGGCCCCUGGACGUGGCGAUCGUGGGCGGCGGCAUUGGCGGCCUCGCGGCGGCGACGGCGCUGCGGCAGGCCGGGCACAAGGUGACCAUCUACGAGCGGGCCGACUUUGCGGGCGAGGUGGGCGCUUCGAUAUCGUGCGCGGCCAACGGGACCAAGUGGCUCAAGCGGUGGAACGUCGACAUUGAGAUGGGCGACCCGGUGCUGCUGAGGCAGCUCAUCAGCCGCGACUGGAACACGGGCGAGCCGACGAACGUGGUGGACCUGUCGCAGUACGAGCAGCUGUAUGGAUAUCAAUACCUCAUGUUCCACCGCCAGUACAUGCACCGCAUGUUCCAGGACUCUGCCUGCAGCGACAAGUACACGACCGGGGGUCCGCCGGCACAGCUCGUCGUCAACCACAAGUGCACGGCCAUCGACCUCGACACUGGCGUCAUCACCUUUGAGAACGGCGCGACGGCCACCCACGACGUCGUCAUCGGCGCCGACGGCAUCGGCUCCGCGGUGCGUGGCAUCAUCGGGAUCAACCCGGACAAGCGGCCGGCCGACUCGUCGUGCCUGCACGCCAACGUGACGACGGCCGAGGCCGUCAAGCUGGGGCUCCCGGACUUCUCCAAGGACAACGCGCUGCAGUACUGGGGCGGGCACAACAACAAGAACAAGAUUGUGCUUUCCCCUUGCAACUCGGGCAGCCUGCUGUCGUACUACUGCUUCUUCCCGCGCGACAAGGGCGACUACGCCGGGCAGAACUGGAACACGGCGGCGACCAAGGAGGAGCUGCUGUCCCCGUACCCGGACCUGGACCGCAAGGUGUUCAACCACCUGGCCAUCGGCGAGGACAUCAAGCCCUGGCGGCUGUGGGUGCACGAGCCGUACCCGCACUGGCAGAAGGGCGUCGCCGCGGUGCUGGGCGACGCCGCGCAUCCCAUGAUGCCCGACCAGUCGCAGGGCGCGUGCCAGGCCAUCGAGGACGCCGCCGCGCUGGGCAUCGUCUUUAGCGGCGCGCACUUCCGCGGCGACGUCCGCGAGGCCCUCGAGGUCUACGAGGAGGUCCGCAAGCCCCGCGCCACCAGGGUCCAGGCCGCCGCCGCGCGCGCCAGGGAGAACAUCAGCGAGCGCAUCGGCUUCUCGGACAACACCAACAACGGGAGGUACAAUGUCAAGGACGAGAAGAACAAGCUCACCACCGAGGAGAUUUGCCUGUAUGAUAUGGACCAGCACGUGGCCGAUGUGUUCGCCGCGAGAAGGCGAUGA